AUGUCCGACGCAUUGAGCCCCUACGCCGAGCUCUACGCCAACCCCUCUGGCCCUGGAGACCAGCGGCCCACCGCUCUCCAGGUCGUCGAGGACAGCGGCGCAAAGGGCACACGGACCGGCAGAGUGGUCCUCGUCACGGGCGGCACGGCAGGCAUCGGCGUCGAAACGGUCCGCGCCAUGCACAGCACCGGCGCCGACGUCUAUUUCACGGCGCGGAGCCUCGAAAUGGCCGCCGCCACAACCGAGGACAUGGACCUGGACUCGCUUGAUUCCGUCCGCAAAGCCGCCCGGGACUUUCUCACAAUCAACAUCCUCGUCAACAAUGCCGGUACGAAUCAUGGCCUGCUGCACUCGCGGAGGGCCGACGACGCCGUGGCCACCCAGAUGAUGAGCCCGCCCCAGGGCGCGGCCACCUCCGUCUGGGCCGCCGUCGCAAAGGCCUGCGAGGGCAACGGCGGCAAGUACCUCGCGCACUGCGGCGUCGCGGGCACAGCGGAUGCCGCGGCGUCCAUCUUGGACCCCGGCGCCGCGCCGCACGCCUACGACCUCGACGGCGAGGACAGGCUCUGGGAGCUGAGUGCCAAGUUGGUCGGGCUCGAAAAGGACGUUUGA